UUUGAAAAGUGUAAAAAAUUAUUUUUAAAUUUAAAAAAUAUUGAACAAGAAUUGGCAUUAGAACUGUGCAUACGCAUAGAAUUUUGAACCAAAACACAAAUAACCAAAGCGGUUUUUUCGAUUCGAAAUUUCUGUGCUGAAAUUUUGGCGUAAAACUACCUAAAAUCCGAAAAUCGUACAAUAGCAGCUUAAAACCACCAACCAACCCUAGAAAGCAACAACAACAAACUACAAUUCAGCAAUAUCUUGGCACCAACAGCAAUAACUAAACACCAAUAUUUUGUGUGCAAUAAGCCUAACGGUACUAACUGCAGUAUAGAACAGAAGUUCAAGCUGUUAACUGGAGGAAGCUUAACGCGAAGACGCGCUGAGUUGAAUCGCUAACUGCGCUUAUAUGCGCCCAUCUACAACAACAAUCACAGCCAAAGGAGAUCACAUCAACUGCGUACGCUACAACAACAACAACUGCAGCAACAGUUACCGUAAGUAGUUGUUGUUAGAGUAGCUCAAUUAGCUAACCUCAAAGCCACAAGCCAAACGCCAGCCGAAGACAUUUAAUCGCAAAAACAACAAUUCAAAUUUGUACGCUCCAACGUAAAUACAAGUACAAGAAAAAUAUACAAGCACUACCCCAACAACAACAACUCUAUCGUAUAAAAUGUCUCUAGCAACACGUCAGACCGCCACCGAAUCGGUGGCUGAGGAGGAGAAACCACACCCACGCUGGUUCGAUUGGGUCGAGAGAAAUGCCGUGCCGAAGCGCUUCGACUUUCCGCGUCCCAAACGUGAAGUGACGCGCUGGCAGAAACGCGGUCCGAUGACGCGACGUGAUUGGGUGCGCUUCUAUCGCUGGGCAGCAAAGAAUGCCACGCCACGUGAAAUACCGCCACCACAUUGCCCCGAGCAGCCACCCGCCAAGGCCGAAGAUGGCCAGAAAAAGAAAAAGGAGAAGAAGAAAAAAACUUAUACGCUCGCUGAACUGCUCGAGCAUGCGGCACAGAUCAGUGAGCCACGCGAACCACGUGACAAGUACGUCUUUCCACCAACGCCCGACUAUCCAUACGCGCCAAAAAUCUCGCUGAAAGAGCCAGCCAAAAAGGAUCCGGGACGACCAUUUCAGCCGAUCAAAGUACCGAAGUGGUUUCAUCAUCUCGAGAACGAGACCGAGUUUUGGUCGACGUUGCGGUUCCCCAUCUUCCGUCCGGCGUUAAACUAUAAACCGACUGCGAAUAUGCUGCGACUGGCGUUGCCGCGCAUGGUGCCACCGCUACGGCAACACUGUCCGAUACCGGAGCCGCCGAUCGAGUUCGUGGCGCCACGCCGACGCAUGACCUAUCGGCAAUGGCGCGAGCACCUGAGACGGCUGGAGUAUCUCGCAAAGCCGACAGCACGGCCGUACUACGUGGAAAUGUAUGAUUACGUGUACUAGUGUCGUGCGAUGUUAACGUUCAUUAGUUUAUAGUCGGAAAUUUAGUUGGGUAUUUAUUCUCAUUUAUUAUUAUUUUAUAAUGAUUAUAGAGCGUUAAGUUGUUCAGUGAAACAGUUAAAAAAUAAUGCAAAUGACAUUACAGAUGAUAUUAAGGGAGUUAGAUAACGGGUUAUUUUCAAGCGCAUGGAAAGUGGCGACGUUGAAGGAAGGAGAUUUGCAAGUGUUGACAUUGAGAAGUUUCCUUUUUAACGAAAUGUGUGUUAAGCUGUGAAGGGCGGGUUUGGGGCGCAUCUCUUCCGAAUGCGUCGUUCACUUUGUGCAGCACAAUAGCUGUGUGAGCGUAAAUGGCAGCUCUGCUCAGAAGAUUUGUGCUGCUAUUGUCAACCUUUUUUAGAUCCAGUGUACUCGAAUGUAGUUUUCAUACUCAUGUUUUUGGUACAAAUUGUAUAUUAUACACAUAUAUUUCUAUAAAAAUUAU